GCUGAUAUAGGUAUUUAAUGCAUUUGCUGAAAUCCCACAACUUUUAUAUGAAACAUUUUUUUCAGAUGCCUUGAUUUUGAGCUAUUUUAAUAGUUCCAUACUUUUUCCUCACUCUGUAUAUGGAUGUGCGUAUAUAUAAAGACCAACCCCUUACCUCUCAACCAAGGGAACGAUGAGGGAGCACGUACUAUUCUCGGACAACUUUACGGAUCCGAGUAACUUCUUUCGACGUGUGUUCGACUCCCUGCUCGCGGACGGCGUAAACGUCAGUAAUCGCCUGCGAUUCGCGCCGUGUCGACCGAGAGAGCUCCGCGUUGAUCUGAAGAGAUCGUCGCUCCGUGUGGUGCAUGUGAAUUGUCGUUGCGAAUCAGGACUAGUGACUAUCCUAAAAAGGCAUUUCAAGGAAACGACGCAGCGCUGUCAAGGAAAGCCUCCUUUCAAUCGACGCAUCCUGUUGAGUGAUUCAAAGUGCUGAUCUCCACUGAGAAACGCAAACUCGGCGACUCAUCAGCAAAUCGCGUGGAAACGGAAUUGCUCCAGCUGAUCUCGUAUCAGCGUCUCACAUACACGUGCGCACGCACGCAUCUAUAUUGAAGAAGGCACCAACACAGGGGCGUGCACCCCACCAUCCUCAUUCGUGAGAGCGUAGCAGCGGACCAGCCGAUAAAAUGAAUGAGAAUGAUAAGUCAGUUAAGUGCGAGAACUCCGCUGAGGAGGAGGAGGACGAGAUGUUCGAGCGCGAACUGGCCGAGGAUGCUCAGUGGAAACGAAUUCAACAGAAUACCUUUACGAGAUGGGCGAACGAGCGGCUGAAGGUGGCAAACAAGCACAUCGGCGACCUGGAAUGCGACUUGUCCGAUGGUCUUCGGCUGGUGAGCCUCAUCGAGGUGCUGUCACAGAAACGGCUGCCGAAACACAACCAACGACCCACCUUCCGUUCUCAGAAACUGGAGAACGUGUCUGUCGCUCUUAAGUUUUUGGAGGAUGAAGGCAUCAGGAUUGUCAAUAUCGAUUCUACGGACAUCGUAGACUGUAAAUUGAAGUUGAUCCUCGGUCUAAUAUGGACUCUGAUUUUGCACUAUUCAAUCUCUAUGCCAAUGUGGGAAGGGGACGAUGGCGAGGACAAGGGCGCUACUCCGAAGCAAAGGCUGAUGCACUGGAUCCAGUCGAAGGUGCCAGAUCUGCCGAUCACAAACUUCACUUCCGAUUGGAAUGACGGCCGCGCGGUGGGUGCGCUUGUUGAUGCAGUCGCACCUGGCCUUUGCCCAGAUUGGAAGGAUUGGAAUCCGAAAGAUGCGGUCCAGAAUGCGUCUGAAGCGAUGGGUCUCGCUGAUGACUGGCUUAAUAUUCCUCAGCUUAUUAAACCCGAAGAGAUGGUGAAUCCAAACAUCGAUGAGAUGUCAAUGAUGACAUAUCUAUCGCAAUAUCCCAGCGCAAAAUUAAAACCAGGUGCACCUCUCCGCGCCCGCACGAAUCCAAAUAGCAUCCCACCGCCGCGAGUACGAGCUUAUGGUCCCGGUAUAGAACCAACCGGUCCAAUUGUCGGCGCACCUGCCAAUUUUACUGUGGAAACCUUCUCCGCCGGCAAGGGUAACGUUGAUGUCAUCGUUGAUGAUCCUAAAGGACACAAGCUACCGGUUGAUAUCAGAUUCAACAAGGAUAGGAACCUGACUUAUUCGGUGUCGUAUACUCCGAAAACGGAAGGCCCGCACAAAGUAAAGGUGCUUUUCGCUGGCAGGGAGAUUCCGAAGAGUCCAUACACUGUUAACGUUGAGGGCCACGCUGGUGAUCCGAGCAAGGUUACGGCGAGUGGACCCGGUUUGCAACCAGAAGGAGUCGUUGUGAAUAGACCUACCUUCUUCGACGUAUUUACGAAAGAUGCCGGUCGCGGCGUACCAGAAGUCAUCAUUUUAGAUCCGCAGGGUAAUAAAACUACGGUGCCGGUAAAAUUGCGUCAGACCUCGCCAAACGUCUGGCGAUGCGAAUACGUGUCACCAGUGACGGGUUUACAUUCCGUCAAUGUUUUUUUCGCCGGCAAACCCAUACCCGGAAGUCCUAUUGGCGUUAACAUCGCACCGGUUUCCAACGCAAAGAAAUGCAGAGCGUACGGACGAGGAUUAUUACCUACUGGUGUCCGCGUCCAGGACAUUGCCGAUUUUACUGUCUUUACUAAGGACGCUGGUGAAGGUGUACCAGAUAUUCACGUAAUAGGUCCAGGAGGCGUCAAUCGGCCAGUGCAAAUGACCAAAACCGACGCUUCAACUUACAAAUGCCACUACACGCCGGUUAAGGAAGGCCGUCACGUAGUAAUGAUCACGUAUGGCGGCAAAGAGAUUCCCAAAUCGCCCUUCGAAGUCAACGUAGGACCCUAUAAAGAAUCUAACAUCAGGGCUUUCGGACCAGGUCUGCACACUGGUAUCGUCGGUCAUCCAGCUAAAUUUACAGUAGACACAAACGGUGAGACCGGCGCCCUUGGUUUCUCUAUCGAAGGCCCAUCUAAAGCGAAGAUACAAUGCAAUGAUAAUGGCGAUGGAACCGCCGAUGUGUCUUACCUGCCCACUGCAUCGGGCCAAUAUGCGGUACAUAUCCUCUGUGAUAACGAGGACAUCCCCAAAUCACCCUAUAUUGCGACUAUCUUGCCGAAGACCGACUUCGAUCCGGAGAAGGUUGAAGUUCAUGGACCAGGAAUUCAGCCAGAAGGUGUUGCGAAAGAUAAACCAACUCACUUUACAAUUGAUGCGAGAAAAGCCGGUCAGGCGGCUUUGGAAGUCGCCAUCGAAGAUGCUCUUGGAAAAGAUGUUCCGGUCAGAUUAGAGGUCAAGCAAGACGGUACUGUCCAGGCGCAUUAUACACCUACAUCUAGUUCCCAGCAUGUUGUGAUGGUGAAUUAUGGCGGAGUAGCCACAAAGAAAUCGCCAUACAGAGUUAAGAUAGCUUCGCCUUUGAACCCCGCCAAAGUCUCCGCCUUCGGCCCCGGUCUUGAGAAAGGUGUGAAGUCAAACGUUCCUACACACUUCAAUGUCGACUGUCGCGAAGCUGGUCCAGGUAAAUUGGACGUUAAACUGCUGAAUCCCGAGGGUCGAGAACUUCCAAUUUCGUUAACGGACAACGAGGAUGGCACAUUCGUCGUAGACUACAUGCCCCCUCAACCAGGAAACUAUACAGUAAAUCUCAAUUAUGGCGGUUUGAAGGUACCCCAGUGCCCCAUUAAGGUCAACGUUCAACCUCACGUGGACGUGUCCAAGAUUAAAGUGGACGGUCUAGAACCAACGGCCCCGGUGAACAGCCUGCAGCAGUUCCGCGUGAUAACGCAGGAGGCGGGCAGGGCGGCGGACUUCCAGGUGGCGAUCACGGCUCCGUCUGGCAAUCGCGUCAAGGCGCACGUGGUGCCGACUCAUGAAGGCUACCUGGUCAACUUCACGCCCACCGAGCUGGGCGAGUAUCUGCUGGGCAUCAGCUUCGGCGGCGAGUCCAUCUCGAAUCAGCCAUACCGGCUGACCUGCGUCCACGGCUCCGAUCCGGGCAAGGUGCGCGCCUCAGGACCCGGGCUCUCCCACGGAGUAGUGAACAAACCGGCCGAGUUCGUCAUCGAUACGCGUGGCGCCGGCCAAGGUGGCCUCGGCGUGACUGUCGAGGGCCCCUGCGAGGCCGCGAUAAACUGCAGGGACAACGGCGACGGCACCUGCUCCGUCGCCUACCUGCCCACCGAGGCCGGUGAUUACGGCAUCAAUAUCACCUUCAAUGAGCAACACGUGCCAGGCUCGCCAUUCCAAGCUAUCGUCGUACCAGACGCGGAUCUCUCCAAAAUCAAAGUCAGCGGGAACGGCAUCCAGCCACACGGUUUAUUUGUGAACAAACAAACGACGUUCACGAUAGACACGAGAGAUGUCUCCAAGUCGAAGACCGACGACGGUAAGGUGUCCUGUAGCAUAAAUAACCCCAGUGGUGGAAAGACCGAGAAGCUCAUCAUCCCCCAGGGCGACGGUACCUACCGUGUCAGCUACACGCCUUUCGAGGAGGGUUGCCACACUAUCGACAUUCUCUAUGACAACGUGCCUAUCCCGGGUUCGCCGUUCUCCGUAAACGUGCAACGCGGCUCUGAUCCCAGCAAGUGUCGCGCUUAUGGUCCUGGUUUGGAGAAAGGCAUCGUGAAUAAGACGAACCGCUUCACGGUAGAAACCAAAGAGGCUGGCAAUGGUGGCUUAGGUCUGUCGAUUACGGGCGACGCGGAGGUCAAGGCGGAGGCCAAGGACAACUAUGAUGGUUCUUGCACCGUUGAAUACGUUCCUACAGAACCCGGUGACUACGAGAUCGGCAUCAAAUUUGCUGAACAAAACAUACCUGGUUCGCCGUUUAAGAUCGAGGUGAUAUCAGACUCGGAAGCGAAGAACGUGAUCGCUUACGGACCCGGUCUGCAGCCUGAGAUGGUGCGCGAAGGUGUGCCCGCCAAGUUCACGGUAGACACGUCAAAGUGCGCCAAAGCAGCGCAGCUGGACGUAAGGCUGUCCACUGAUAAGGGCCAGGCGCAAAAGCCACAGAUCAAGAACAAGGGCGACGGCCUGUACGAGGUGACGUAUCAGCCACCGCCUGCUGGAAGUAACGUUCACAUCGGCGUUACUUACGAUGGCGAAGACAUCAACGGCAGUCCGUACAAAAUGAAGGUUUUGCCCACCGUAGAGCCCAGCAAGGUUACUUUAUCGGGUCCCGGGGUGUCGCCCGUUUGCACUGCCUCCUUCCCAACUGACUUCGUCGUGGAUACUUCCAAGGCUGGAUAUGGCGAUCUUGAAGUACAAGUUGUGGGGCCAGAUCAAGUGCCGCGCAGAGUAGAAGUGCAGGAUCUCGGUGACGGAAAGUACAAGGCGACUUACCUACCGGAUGACUGUGGUCGUUACAAGGUCAACGUAAAAUAUGGCGGCAAGGAAGUGCCAGGCAGCCCGGUGAACGUGCAGAGCGUGUCCACCGGCAAGGCGGACCAGUGUAAGAUUAAAGAGGGCAUUCAGUACACUUUGGCGCAGGGCGAGGAGUACUGCAUUACCGUAGACACCGAGAAUGCAGGCCGCGGUGCAGUGACCUGCCGCAUCCGCUCCACUUCCGGAAGCGAAGUCGUUGACAUUGAUAUAGAAGACAACGGCGAUGGCACAGUUAACAUUUACUACACUGUUGCCGAUGCGGGAGAUUACACCCUUAGCAUUAAGUUUGGCGGCCAACCGGUACCUGACGGAUUCUACACCUUUACAGCCUCUGAGGAAUAUCGGGAACAUAGCACGCACAAAACACAACGGGCUCGCAAAACACAGCACAAGCAGAAUCAACACAUUGUUGAACAGCGCAGCACAACUUUACAAGAGAGCUCUACCGUCACUACAAAGCGUAGCAGUCAGCAGGAGCUAUCGAAAAAGAAUUUUAACGUUAUUCGAUUGAACUCCAUCCCACUACCUAUCGCAAGCGGUGGCACGGUUACUUCCGAAGUGAAGAUGCCUAGCGGAAACGUGGAUAAGCCAGUUAUCGAGGACAAUCACGAUGGCACGGUAUCCAUCAAGUACGAGCCAAGGGAGGAGGGUCUCCAUGAGAUUUAUGUGAAAUUCAACGGCGAACACGUCCAAGGUUCUCCCUUUAAAUUUCAUGUCGAUUCUUUGGCAAGUGGAUACGUAACAGCGUAUGGACCGGGCUUGGUUUACGGUGUUUGCGGCGAACCUGGAAAUUUCACCAUCUCAACAAAAGGCGCUGGCGCGGGUGGUCUCUCGCUGGCUGUCGAAGGGCCCAGUAAAGCCGAAAUAAGCUGUCAUGACAAUAAGGAUGGCACGGUGUCGGUGUCCUAUCUACCUACCGCACCCGGAGAAUACAAGAUUACUGUUAAAUUUGGCGACAAGCAUAUCAAGGGCAGUCCUUUCGUCGCCAAAAUUACGGGCGAAGGGCGCAAGAGGAAUCAAAUCUCCGUAGGUUCUUCCAGCGAGGUGCAGCUGCCGGGCAAAGUGUCCGAUGCCGAUAUCAAGUCUUUAAAUGCAUCUAUCACGGCACCCAGCGGUCUAGAGGAGCCAUGUUUUCUCAAGAAGAUGCCAGGAAGUGGCAACAUGUGCGUGUCGUUUACACCACGCGAAGCGGGCGAGCACACCGUGGGCGUAAAGAGAAUGGGCAAGCAUAUACCGAAUUCCCCUUUCAAGAUCGAUGUGAAAGAUCGUGAGGUCGGUGACGCGAAGAAGGUUAAAGUUUCCGGACCAGGUCUGAAGGAGGGCAAGACCCAUGUGGAAAACAACUUUUCGAUUGAUACGAGAAACGCCGGCUUCGGUGGUCUCUCCCUUUCGAUGGAGGGUCCGAGCAAAGCUGAGAUUCAGUGCAAAGACAAUGAAGACGGCACUUUGAACAUCUCCUAUAAGCCUACCGAGCCGGGCUACUACAUCAUGAAUUUGAAGUUCGCGGACCACCACGUUGAGGGUUCACCGUUCACUGUCAAGGUUAGCGGAGAGGGCAGUAAUCGGCAGAGAGAGAAGAUCCAGAGACAACGAGAAGCCGUGCCGAUCACCGAGGUCGGUAGCCAAUGCAAGCUAACCUUCAAGAUGCCCGGUAUCACGUCCUUUGAUCUCGCCGCCACCGUCACGUCCCCUGGAGGUGUCACCGAGGACGCUGAAAUUAAAGAAGCCGAGGAUGGUAUCUACGCAGUAGCAUUCGUACCUAAGGAGCUGGGCGUACACACGGUAUCCGUGCGUUACAAGUCCAUGCACAUCCCCGGCUCGCCCUUCCAGUUCACGGUGGGCCCGCUCAGGGACGGCGGUGCCCACAGAGUUCACGCGGGCGGACCUGGUUUGGAGAGAGGAGAACAAGGCGAACCAUGCGAAUUCAACAUCUGGACCAGGGAAGCAGGUGCGGGCACCCUCGCCGUCUCCGUUGAGGGGCCCAGUAAAGCACAGAUAGACUUCAAGGAUCGCAAGGACGGCAGUUGUUACGUCAGCUACGUCGUUAGUGAACCCGGCGAAUACAGAGUGGGAAUUAAAUUCAAUGAUCAGCACAUCCCGGACUCGCCGCACAAAGUCUAUAUCUCACCGGCAAUGGGUGACGCACACAAGCUCGAGGUCGCACAGUUCCCCGAGAGUGGAGUGCAGCCUGACAAGCCGUGCACCUUCCUGGUGCGCAAGAACGGCGCCAAGGGUGAACUGGACGCAAAGAUUGUGUCGCCAAGCGGCAUCCAAGAUGACUGCUUCAUCCAGAGUAUCGAUGCCGACACAUACUCGGUUAGGUUCAUGCCGACAGACAAUGGCAUUCAUCAGAUCCACAUCAAAUUCAAUGGGGUACACAUAACAGGCAGUCCGUAUCGUGUCAAAGUUGGUAAAGUGGACGCCGACCCGGCGGCGUUGCAUGCCUAUGGCAACGGUUUGAAGGAGAUCAAGACCGGUCAGAAGACCGACUUCAUCAUUGACACCUGUAACGCGGGUCAUGGAGCGCUAGGAGUCACUGUCGACGGACCUAGCAAGGUCGCUAUGGACUGUACUGAGGUCGAGGAGGGGUACAAAGUCAGAUACACGCCUUUGGUACCGGGCGAUUACUACAUUAGCAUCAAAUACAACGGUUAUCACAUCGUGGGCUCACCGUACAAGGUUCCUUGCACAGGCGCGGAUUUGGCGGAGAGAGGCGCGCAAGAGACGAGCUCGAUCGUCGUCGAAACUGUGCAAAAGAUCUCGAAAAGCAAGCAGACUGGACCAGUAUUGCCAUUAUUCAAGUCUGAUGCGGGCAAAGUGACGAGUAAAGGCAUGGGUCUCAAGAAAGCUUAUUUAGGAAAGCAAAAUCAAUUCACUGUGCACGCGGGGGAUGCCGGUAACAAUAUUCUCUUCGUGGGCGUGUACGGGCCCAAAGGGCCCUGUGAAGAGGUCUUCGUGAAGCACGCGGGCCGCAAUAACUACAACGUGAGUUACCUGGUGCGUGAGCGGGGCGAAUACAUCGUGAUCGUCAAAUGGGGCGACGAUCACAUUCCCGGUUCACCUUACAAGGUCGAUGUUUAAGCCAAACCAGCAUCCAGACCGGAUGUAAACGCAUCUGCAACUGCAACGAUGGUUAAUAAAAUAGAGCCUGCGUCUUUUCGUUGUAAACGGAUCUUCAAACUCGUAUCUAACUUCGCCGAAUACAGAAACGAAUUAAGUGCCAAUCUAGAUUUUCAGAUGUAAACUCAACGUAAUACAAUAUUAACGAUUGGUAUUAGCGAAAGAUAUAUAUUUAAAAGUGAUCCGGCCUAUACGUCGAAACGACGCGCGCAAACGUUAUCUCGAUUUCUAGAAUAACAGUCAAAUACAGAAGACAAUUGUGACACCGAUAAAAAGUCGCACGAUGUGACUUCUCGUUGACACAGCUUGUUCGCUCAUCCUUCCAGUGUUCUGGGUACAAUUUUGACAUUUUAGAAUCGACGAUUUUUGUUGAAUCUGAGUAGAGUCAUGAUUAGAAAUGACGAGAAUUGAAAUACGAAGACGAUACGGAGAAACACGUAGGUCAAUUACUGUUGUUCGUUCAAAAACACCAAUUGUGCCUUUGAUUCAACGUAUAAAUACAUUUAUAGAGGAUAUAUAUUCGACAGAGGACACAUACACAUGCAGUACCAUACACAAAGACACACGCAAAGACGCUUUCAUAUCCCACCCAAGUCAGAUCCUGAUUACAUUAUGUUAUAUAUGUUAUCGGUUACUGAAUAAGGAAACAGUCGAAACUGUUUUUUAUCAACAAUGGGCUUGGAUGUAUUAUAAGACAGCUCAAAACGAAGAGCACGUAUACUUUAUUAAAAAAUAAAAUGUAUAUUUUUAUCCAUUUUCUUUCGUAUAUGUACAAGUUAAAACGAGUUAAAACUAUUUUCUUACAAGCUAAGAUUAUUCUCAACAGAUCAAUCUAAAUAAUCGAGAAUAUAAUAAUAAUAUCGAGAGAUAGAGAUGAGACAGAAUAUAUUAAAAAAUAUAUUUGUGAAAAAUCUAAUGACGUGGUACGAAAUUUAAUUACGAAAGUUAUGAAAUAUGUAAAAUAUAAUAAUAUUGUUUUUAGAAUUUUUUAUUACGUAACGUUGAUUGCGUAUGUUGCACGAUGUUAUCGAUAUUUGAAAUUAAAAAUACAACUUUGAAAGAUUAUCUUAACGCAUUGAAUGCAAAGGACGAUCGAGAACUCUCUCCUUGUUCGACGUGAUGUUUCUACCACAAAUAUUUGUAUAAAAAAUAUUAGGACAAUUCUAUAUAUUAUAUUUUUAGACUUAUUUUGCGGAUCAAGUAUGACGAACUUGAAAAGUGUAAAAAUACAUAUUUUCCUACUAAUGCUGCGCGCCUGGGUAAAAAUGAGGUCAGCAGUCAAUGUGUUAAUCUCUAAAUGUACGGGAAAGCAUAUAUAAGAAGAUAUUAGACAUGUCUCUUGGUUUUUUACUAUUCUAUAAUACAUCCAAAGCUUAUCAUAAUCGGCGAAGGGCAGUUUCAAUCGCGUUUCUUUAUAAGUAUAGAUUAAAUAUACUGCAACUGAUUAUAAUAAUAAUAAUAAUAAUAUAGAAAUUAAAUAAAUAAUAUAUUUAUUAUAUGGA